AUGUUCUAUCUGAGCUUGAUAGAGCACAAGAUGCUGUUGCCUCCUCGUCUUCUAAAUCUUCCUCUUCAAGAUGCUAUUAAGGAAGAGCUUGAAAAUAUCUUCUUGGAUAAGGUUAUUUCGAAGCUGGGACUUUGUCUUUCAAUCUAUGACAUCAGAAAAAUUGAUGGUGGCUUUAUAUUUCCGGGCGAGGGUGCUUCAACCUAUACGGUAGAGUUUAGAAUGAUUGUUUUUCGUCCAUUUGUGGGAGAAAUUAUUUCUGCGAAACUUAAAGAAGCUACUGCAGAUGGUUUGCGCUUGUCACUUGGAUUUUUUGAUGACAUUAAGAUACCAGCCGGUCUUAUGCAAAAACCAUCCCGUCAUGUUCCAGACCCAGAGAAUAGGUAUAAGGUUCUAUGGGUGUGGGAAUUUAAUGAUGAAGAGUUUUUCAUUGAUGGUGUGGAUGAGAUAAAGUUUCAAGUUUCCAGUGUCACAUAUCCCCCAACUCCAAUUGAGCAACAAGGGGAGCCAUUUGCACCGAUGGUGAUUACAGGAUCAAUUGAUGGUGAUGGUUUAGGCCCAGUUUCAUGGUGGCAGUGA